UUCUGACGUAUCCUACGAGUAUGUUCCGCUUGGCGCUCCGAACGUCUGAAUUCGCCUAUCCUUGUUUAACAUUCGCCGAGGAAACAGAGAUGAAAUGAUUUAAAGAGCGUCGCGAGUGUCAAAUGGGAUGCGGCCUUAAGUCUAUAAUGCGGUGAGUCCGCGGUUUUUCGCGAGCGAUUUUUAUUUCCCUUCGACAGCUGACGGAAAGAUGCCUGUUGACAUUAAUCGACUGACGGAAGGUUGGCUAGAACUGGAAAGCGACCCAGGCCUAUUCACGCUGCUUCUGGAAGACUUCGGGGUGAAGGGUGUCCAAGUCGAGGAGAUUUAUGAUCUGCAGAAAUCUUUGGAAGGACCAGUUUAUGGUUUUAUCUUCUUGUUUCGAUGGAUCGAGGAGCGGCGAUCCAGGCGGAAGGUGGUGGAACAGGAUGAGAGCUUCGUCAAGGAUGAAGAGAUUGUUAAUAACAUCUUCUUCGCGCAACAGGUUGUUCCCAACAGUUGUGCUACUCACGCGUUGCUCUCGGUUCUGUUGAAUUGUCCAAAUAUUCAUUUGGGCACGACCCUAUCCCGAUUGAAAAUGCACACUUCUGGCAUGUGUCCAGAAAACAAGGGUUGGGCAAUUGGUAAUACACCAGAGUUAGCCUGUGCGCACAAUUCACAUGCUAUGCCCCAGGCAAAGAGACGGCAGGACAAGAAUACCGGUGUCUCUACAGGCAGAUUCACUGGCGAAGCUUUCCAUUUUGUGAGCUAUGUACCAAUAAACGGCAGGCUCUUUGAAUUGGAUGGUUUGAAGCCAUAUCCUAUGGAUCACGGGCCAUGGAAAGAACAUGAGGAAUGGACGGAACAGUUCAGACGUGUGAUAACUGAUCGUUUAGGCAUGGCAACCGGUGAACAACUGCAAGAUAUCAGAUUUAAUUUAAUGGCUGUUGUGCCAGACAGACGUCUUGCUAUUUCACAUAAGUUAACGAUGUUGAAGACUAAUAGGCAAAUAGUCCUAGAGGCUCUACAGCAAUUGAUGAAACUGAGUCAUCAAGAUGGCGGCAGCGCUGAGAAAAAUUCGCAUAAAGAGAUUGAUUCCGAUAAAGAGAAACAAUAUGAGAAAAGAAACAAGAUCGAGGAUGAAAAUGGAUUGCCCACUAAAACAGAAAUUGAAGAAUCGCCUACGAUUCCUACUAUCAAUGUUGAGAGAAAUAAUGAUUCAACGGUGGUUAUGGAUGAAUCUGGCAUCACAUCUGGAAAAACCGAAUCUAGUGGAAUGGAGAAAGUAGUAAUGUGCGCUUUGGAUUAUGCCACGCCAUUGCGAAUUCAAACCUCGCCGGCUCACAGUUCCUCAAGUACGGAUACCUCGUCGGAAAUCGGAUCGGCCUUCAAUUCGCCCACUCAAGCUUGGGGAUGGAAUUCCGGUCAGAGCAGCCCUACGUCAACAAAGGACUUCAAGAAAUUUGUAGUGAUUAGAGUCGCUGGCGACGAAAAGAAUGAGGCGGGUCUGAGCCGUUCUUUGGGAAAUAUCAAUAUAAAUGGGAAGAGAUUGGUUUCCGACAGCGGCCAUUUACACAAAAAAGUUUGUCUGUCAGGUGAAGUUAGAAUUCCUCACGCGAGGGUGAAAACUAGCAACGGUGACACAGUCAUAGAGGAGAAAAAGGUUGAGAAGAUCGAUCCUAAGCUGUGCUCCAAAUAUCCGGAAUUGUUCGAGCCGCACACAUUCGCGCCAAAAGAUCUUUUGGCGCUGCUAAAAAAUUUGGAGCACGAGAUCAGCGUGUGUGAGACCAGCCUGAAGGAUGAGAACGAUAAACGGAAUAAAUACAAGAUCGAUGAUUGCCGAAGAACACACAAUUACGAUGAGUUCAUUUGUACUUUCCUUUCGAUGCUUGCUCAACAGGGAAAAUUGGCGGAGUUAGUUCAACAGCAUCUAACAUUAAAGAAACACUCUUCCGUUUCGGUGAAUAGAGUUCACAGGUCAUCGAAAAAGUCCGACACCCGCCAGAACUCCUCUCGCAGACGGCGUGGUAGAACAAAAUGUAAAAAACGAAAGUAAUCUUUAACUGUGGUAACUACAUGGCUUAGAAUUUCAUUCCGCGCGCAUCUGUUCGGAAUUACUUGAAUUGCUUACUAUGAGCACACGCAAAACACACGUACUAAAAAAUCAUUUGGUACUUUAUAUAAAGAGGCCAUGUAUAUAAAUUAUGCGUAAAUAUUUUAGGGAAUGAAUUAAAGUCUAGAAGAAAAAAGUCAUAUAAACAUAGAUCGUUUAUUUUUUCUGAAUUGUAAUAAAAUAUUAGAAA